UAAAACGCGAACCUACUCGAACAUUCCGCCAUACUAUAAAAGCGGACAGGUUCCAGCGCAUUCGCCAAAAAGUUAAAUAGAGGUUUAAUUGAGUUUUCUCAUAUUUUCUCAAGCGAAAAUAGUCAGUAAUUAUGUCUUUGAUUCCAUUGUUAUUCGAAGAUCCUGAUACCUUGUGGACCCGACCAUCCAGAAUUUUAGACCAGCAAUUUGGGUUGAGUUUGUUGCCUGAAGACCUGUUUAGACCAGUGGACUGGAACAACCGUAUUCUGACCAGAACUCCAGCAGGUUAUUUGAGGAACUGGAGGUCAGGAGCAUCGGAACAGGACAGUGGAUCCGUUGUUAAAGUUGACAAAGACCAAUUCCAAGCCAACUUGGAUGUCCAGCAAUUCAAACCUGAGGAAAUUUCUGUCAAAAUUACUGGAGAUAAUGUCCUGACCAUCGAAGGAAAGCACGAAGAAAAAAAAGAUGAACAUGGGUUUAUUUCCAGACACUUUGUGAGAAGAUAUGUUCUGCCGAAGAACUGUGACUUGGGGAAGUUGGAGUCCAAGCUGUCUUCUGAUGGGGUGCUGAGUGUUACUGCUCCAGUGGUUCAGAGCAGGGAGAUUGAGCACAAAACUGUUCCGAUCAAGCAGACUGGGGAACCUGCCAAACAAACUCAGGCAGUGGAGAAGAAGAAGUAGAUGUUUUGCACCAAAGAACACUGGAAUAAUUUAGUGUUGUGUAUGGGGUGUUAAAUAUAAUAUUACUUACAUGCAUACAUUAUAUUGUUUCUGAAUUUUCAAGACUUAUAAAUAAAUAAAGGUAUAAGUA